ACUCGAGGCAUGGGCUCAAUUCAAACUCCCAAUCUCUGCUUCCUUCUGAAAUCCUCCGACGUGAUCAAGAGACUGAGCUUUUUUAAUCUGUCAUUUCGAUUCCCUAGGGUUCCGUCUUGUGUCGCUGCGUAUACGAAAGUAAACCCUGACAACGAAGGAGAAACUGGAAAGAGCAGAACAGAAGGAUGUCUUCUCGUUCCCAGUUCGCAAGUGCGCUGGGACGAAGGCGUCAGGAUAUUAAUAUUGAUGUUAUGAUGAGGUAGAAAGGCUUUGAUGGAUGCAGGCGAGCUGCAAGCGACUAAGGCGCUCCAUGCCCAAUGCACAAAAACUUCUAGGCGAAAGAUUGACAAGAGAGCAAGACCUAUUUCUGAUGGCCCAGAGUCUGAUGACUAUAUGCCUUCCUUAUGCGGCAAACCAUCAGUGAGAAAAAGUCGGAGAACAGAAGGUCAUUAUUCAAGAUUCAUGAAUAAGAAUCCCAGGGACAAGCAGAUAAAAUCUAAUCGUGAGGUUGGUAAAGAUGAUCUUAGAUGGAAGCUUAUAAGGAAAAGCUUAUCUCGAAGAAAGCAUCUUGUGGCUGAAGGACAACAUGAUGUUGAUCUGCGUGAAAAACUAUCUCGGAAUGUACAUGCUUCUAGCAGUUCUAAUGACAAACAACAGCCAAAAGAAUCAAGUGUCCCGAGCCUUGGGAGAAGAAUACCUCCUGCAAGAAGUGCAGAUAAUUUGCUUGAAUUUGAUUCACAUAGAAAGACAUGUUCAGUGACUUUGGAUCAGCCAAGGCAUAGUUCUCCAGAUAGGCUCAUCUGUAUUCCAAGGCAUAUUUCUCCUUCUAGAAGAUACAAGGAACGACAGCAUGUAUCUGGGAUAAGAUCUCUAGAUGCUUCUAUGCCUAGUUAUCCGACAAAUGAUGCAGUAGGUAACACUUCUAGAGCUCUUACUAUGACCAAAACUAUUUCUGUAGAUGCAGCAAGGCUAUUAGUUCGAGCUCCUCCACCAGGAGCUAUUGUGCAGAGAAGUAUAUAUUCGCUCGGGGAACCUCUUACAGUUGGUGACCUGCUAAAAUCACUUGGUCUGGAUAAGUAUACCAUACUUUUCCAAUCAGAAGAGGUGGAUAUGAUUGCGUUAAGGCAGAUGGGAGACAAUGACCUAAAAGAAAUGGGAAUUCCAAUGGGUCCAAGGAAGAAAAUUUUGCUUGCAGUUUUAUCUCACACAAAAUGUCAUCAGCAAUGCUAACUUCGAUCUCAUACUCGAUCAAUUUUGUGUUGUUCAUUGCCAUGGUUGGUCAUAUCAAACUGAAGUUUUGUCAGUUUUGUCACUACCAUUAGAGAUCUCAUUGCUAAUGCUAUUGCACAUGUGCACAUCUUGGAACCUCUUUAUGCUCCCCUCAUUAGUAAGAUAUACAAAGAAUUGGCAUAUGCUCUCCAAUCGACUCUCCUAUCAAAACUUUGAAUUACAAUAGAUUAUGUAUAGGACUUGAAAUUGGUGCAGGUUGGUCUUCUUUGACCAUUAUAUAUUUGCUACGAUCUCAUGUUUCUUGGAAAAUUACAUCACUGGUCCUCAGAGUUUGUCUUCUUUUUGAGUUCACCAUCUCCAACCAAUAAACAAAAUCAUGGAUAUUGAUGCAAGAAACAAUGCAGAAGCUGUCAUCGUACCUCCUAAUUAAUGCCUUGCUGUCUUCCAUGAGAGCAGCCAGUUGUAUUAGAA